AGCGCUUGUGUCGUGAUAUCGGCAGGUCCCUUCGGCAGUGGAGGUUCAGCGGCAAUGACGAUGCUUCAUAAAGACACCGUAAAGUAGUUUGUUGUUUUUGCUGUCCUCGUGAGGUCGAACUGAUCUGUCAUCCCAUGUCGUUGAAUGGUCUCACCGCAGCUGGGCUACGAGACCUCCACUCAACACGGUAUUCUGCUUUGGCCUCGGGUGUGAUAGUACUGUUCGACCAUCUGAUUACACUCGAUGACGAAGUAGACUUGGUUUGGAGGAGUCACUGGUCUAUCGGCAAACUCUUAUUCAUCAUUAAUCGAUAUUACACGCUAUUAUCAGUCAUCUUUAAUUACUAUGGCCUUUUCAUGAUGCCGCUGUCUGAAUCGGUAAGUCACCGUUUCUUCCAGUGGCAAGGAUGGACAGGCCUAAUUGCGUGCAUGAUAGCGGAAGUGAUUUUACAGAUGCGACUUUACGCGUUGUAUCUUCUCAACAAAAAAGUGCUAGCGCUCAUGGUCACGAGCUUUAUUAUAUGCUCAGCCAGCGCAGCGGUCAUCAUGGGCAUCGUUCUGUCUAAAUUAAGCAUGUCGUACACCCUUGCAGGUACCUCUUUCUGUGCUCCGAACGGUAUACCGGAUUACUUCUACACUUUCUGGAUUCCGACGAUUGCAUUUGAGUCCCUGUUGUGUGGGCUGGCGCUAUUUCGGGGAUUCCAAACGUUCAGCUCCGAUGGACCUCUUUUUAGCUCCGGACGCCAUCUCGUUAGCAUCCUCAUACGAGAUUCAGUCUUCUAUUUUGUGGUCAUGUUCGCAACAUAUCUCACCAAUCUACUUGUCUGGACUGCCGCCCCGGCCGACCUUCUCGAGAUUCCUAUAGGAUUUUCUGUCACAUUUUCAUGUGUCAUGUCCAACAGAAUCAUCCUUAACGUUCGUCGAGCGAACCAAGAGGUCACUGAGUCUAAAGCUACAGGUUCCCCAGAACAACGGUCGAAAAAGGAUAUGGAUCUACUUGGUGACCAGGCAUACGUGUCCCACGCCACUGUGACCGAUAUCGAAAUGAUGCAGUUACGCUCGAUGCGUUCCGAGCAUAGACAACCAACCGUUAUAAUUUGAAUCUUUCUUCGGAACCAAUAAAUUAUCAAUUUACUUUAUCCACUCGGCAUGUAAAUCUUCAUCGUCCGAUCUGCAUUAGAACAAGAUUCCAUUUUUCCAACUCGGCGAACUGCGACAACAUUCCU